GACUGACAUAACCUGUUAUUUAUUUAUUUUUUUGUAAUUAAUUGUAAAAAUGUUGCGAAAUUACGUAAAACCUCUCUUAAAGUCUGUGAUUGUUGACACAAUCAAGGCCCCAAUUCGAUAUUAUACACCUCGGAGGGCUCUAAUGUAUGUCCCUGGUGACGAUCUUAAGAAAAUCCACAAAGCGUUUCUUUUAGAUGCCGAUUGUAUUGUUUUGGAUUGUGAAGAUGGUGUUGCAGUGAAUAAAAAAGUGCAAGCACGUAUUAAUAUUAGAGAAAUUCUUGAUAAAGGCAAACCACAAAGAAAACGCCCUUAUGACUUUGCGGUCCGCAUUAAUUCAUUUGCUUCUGAACUAAUUAAAGACGAUUUAAGUGUCUUAGUAACUGGCAAGAAUUUGCCAAAUACAAUUUAUUUACCAAAAGUUGAAUGUGUAGAACAUUUAGAAAUGUUUUCAGCUUAUUUAAAUGAAUACAUAAAAACUAAAAGCAAAAUUGGUUUAAUAAUGGCAAUUGAGUCAGCUUUUGCUUUAGUCAAGGUGGUAGAUAUAUGUAAAGCUGCCAGAAAAAUGUCUGAGAUUUGUAAAUUUACCCCAGUGGCACUUUUAUUCGGAAGUGAUGAUUUUUGUGCUAGCAUUGGUGCUAAAAGAACUGAAUCAUCAUUUGAAGUAACUUACGCGCGUCAAAAAAUUGUAACUGUAGCUAAAGCCUUCAAUUUACAAGCCAUUGACAUGGUUUAUAUCAAAUAUAAAGACCCUGAAGGUUUAAAAACACAAGCAGAACAAGGGGCACAAUUAGGCUUUUCUGGCAAGCAAGUUAUACACCCGGACCAAAUUGAUAUCACACAGAAGGCUUUUAUGCCGAGUCCUGAUCAAAUUAAAUGGGCCCAAGACAUUCUAAAUGCUUUUUAUAAACACCAAAAUGAGGGCAAAGGCGCUUUUAGCUACAAAGGGCAAAUGAUCGACAUGCCGACUGUGAAACAAGCUCAAAAUAUCGUAGAUUUAGCAAACGAAUGAUUUUAAAUAAGUAGGGGAAUUUUUACUUUUAAGGUUGGUACCUCCUAACUGUCAUUUUUUUUUCAUUAAUAAUUUCAACAAUGGAAAAGCAUUUAGAUAGAGUGAUGGAUGAGGUGAUGAACCGGCCGGGAGUUUUCGGUUGUGUUUUCGUUGACCGUCAAGGCUUGUGUUUGGGGGCGAAGGGCAAAGCCUCGACUGAGAGCGCUGGCCUAAUCGCUGCGAUAGCUGAACAAGCCGC